AUGGGCUUUGGAGAGGACCUGCGGUGCCCUCAGGCACAUACGGCUGUCAUGCGGCUGCUGGACUCGGAGCUUCAUCUGAUGGAGGUCAUGAAGAAGUGGAUGGGUCAGCGGGCUAAGAGUGAGCGGGAGUUUUCAGUGCAGCUGCACCACAUGGCUGCCAUGGCAGAGAAGCUGGAACGGCCUCAGCCCGGUACAGGACUGGACUACAUCAGCCAGCUCAACCAGUCGUGGGGAGUGCUGGUCUCUCAGACGGACUUCCUCAGUCAGGUGAUGAAGAAGCGCUCUGAGGAUCUGCUGGAUGGUCCCAUCAGCAAACUGACGCUGCUCAUCAGAGACAAACAGCAGCUCCGCAAAACCUACGCGGAGCAGUGGAACCUGCUUAGGCAGGAGCUCAGCAAGGUAACCCAGACAGAGCUGGAGAGGCUGAAGAGCAGCUACAGACAGGCGGUGAGAGAUGCAGCUCAGGCCAAGAGGAAGUACCAGGAGGCCAGUAAAGAUAAAGAGCGAGACAAAGCUAAGGAGCGUUAUAUAAAGGCUUCAGUGAAACUCUACGAGCUGCAUAAUGAGUACGUGCUGUCUGUGCAAGCUGCUCAAGUUUACCAUCAGCACCACUACAGUCAGAUCCAGCCUGCCCUGCUCAGUGCACUGCAGACUCUGCAGCAGGAGAUGGUGCUCAUACUAAAGGAGAUCCUGCAGGAGUAUUUCGACAUCUCCACUCUCCUCCAUCAUGAAGUGGUGCGGAUCCACAGAGAGAUAUCCUCUGCUCUGACAGCCAUCGAUCCUCACAGAGAAUAUGAAAGCUUCAUCCAACAAAACAGGUCUGUAGGGGAGACUCCUGCGUGUGCAGAGUUUGAUUGCAGCCUUCUGGAGGACAAUGUACAGCUAGAUCCCAGAGGGAUUGAACUGAACGACCUCACGCUUGAGACAGUGCAGCACAAACUGACUGCAAUAGAGGAGGAGCUGUUAAAUCUGGCUCGGACUCUGGGCUCCCAGCAGACCUCUGUGGAACAGCUGGAGUUGGAGCUGGAUGCAGAGCGGGAAGGUGUCAAGAAGGGCCAGAGGGUCUACCAGUUCAGCAAGAGACAUGCGAUGGAGGAGUGCCGGCAGCAGGUUGCUUUGUCCCAGGGUGUGAGAGUGAAGCUGGAGGUUCAGAGGCUUCUUCUGAAGGAGAAACUGGACCAGCUGGGCUCCAAAGAACCUCCCUCUGCUCUGAAGUUGGACCCAGACGCCGUCUCAGAUUCGUCCAACUCAAACAAUGAUCACAGCCCAAAUCCUUCCAAACUCCUCAUGGACGGGAUCAAAAACAAUCUGAGUGGCCUGUUUAAACCCAGAUGGGAGGUGCUUCCGGCUCUCACCCCAGUGCUGGACGUGGAUCGUCCUCUGGGACAGCAGGGCUGGUACCACGGAGCAAUUCCCAGACCGGAGGUCCAGCAGCUGCUGAAGAAUGACGGAGACUUCUUGGUGAGGAAGAGUCAAGAGAAACACGGUUAUGUGCUCUCUGUGCAGUGGGAAGGAUCCUGCAAGCAUUUCCUUAUUCAGAGCAUGGAUAAUCUGUAUCGUCUGGAUGGAGAAAGCUUCAGCAGUAUCCCGCAGCUGAUCCAUCAUCUGCUGUCCUCACGACAACACGUCACCAAGAGGUCUGACAUAGUGCUGAAGAAACCUAUACUGAAGGACAAGUGGGUCCUGGAACAUGAUGAUAUUAUCUUGGGACCCCUCAUUGGACGGGGCAACUUUGGAGAAGUGUACAGCGGCCGUUUACGCUCUGAUAGCACUCCUGUAGCAGUGAAGUCCUGUAAAGAGAACCUGGCCCCAGAGCACAAGAGUAAGUUCCUGAUGGAAGCCAGGAUCCUGAAGCAGUACGACCAUCCUAACAUUGUGAAGCUGAUAGGAGUGUGCACUCAGAAGCAGCCGAUCUACAUCAUCAUGGAGCUUGUUCAAGGUGGUGAUUUUCUCACCUUCUUACGGCAUGAGAGUCACAAUCUGAGGCCAAAGAUGUUGGUCAAAAUGACAGAAAAUGUAGCAGCGGGUAUGGAGUUCCUGGAGAGCAAGAAGUGUAUCCACAGGGACCUGGCAGCGAGGAACUGUCUUGUUGCAGAGCACAACGUGGUGAAGAUCAGUGACUUUGGGAUGUCCCGUCAGCAAGAUGACGGUGUCUACUCUGCAGAGGGUGGCCUCAGACAGAUUCCUGUCAAAUGGACGGCUCCUGAGGCCCUGAACUAUGGCCGUUAUACCAUGGAGAGUGAUGUCUGGAGCUUUGGUGUCUUGCUGUGGGAGACCUUCUCCAUGGGGAUGACGCCCUACACGAGCAUGACCAACCAACAAACACGCGACGAGGUGGAGAAAGGAUACCGUAUGCCUGCUCCACACGGCUGCCCCGUGGAAAUCUCCAGGAUUAUGAACAGCUGCUGGCAGUACGAGCCCAGAAAUAGACCGUCCUUUAAGAAACUGCGCGCUGACCUUAGUGCCAUAUACAACAAAAUUACAUAAUACAAGCCUGUUGACUGGGGUUUUUAUUAUUUGUCUGUUUGUUUUGUAAUUUCUGUCCUUCAGAAAAUAUGUUAGUCAUUAUGAAUACUGGAACAUAUCUCCAAAGUGAGAACAAACUAUCAUUUGACCCUUUUAUGUUGUGGAAAUAAACCUGGAGUUUUGUAAAUAUCA